GGGCGUUCGUCAUGGCAGGGUUCCAGGUGUGGGAUGUGACCACCCAGGAUCUCUGCUCGGGCUCCCUGACCCUCGAUGGGUUCCGGGGUCUCGUCUUCGUUGGGGGGUUCAGCUACGGCGACGUGCUGGGCUCAGCCAAGGGUUGGGCAGCAGCCGUUCAGUUCAACCCCCACGUCCGGGGGGCCCUCGAGAGGUUCCGGCGCCGCCCCGACACCUUCAGCCUGGGGGUCUGCAAUGGGUGUCAGCUCAUGGCCCUGCUGGGCUGGGUGGGGCCUCAGACAGAGGGGGGGUCCCCCGGGGCCCCCCCGGCCGUGGUUCUGACCCCCCUUUGUCCCCCCUUU